AAGCGUCAAGCGAGUUUGAGUGAGCUGGUUCCGUGAAUGACCUUGAUCCUCUCGUGUGUUCUGUGACAAUCUCGUUCCUCCAAACCGAAGCCAUCAGUACUAAUCGAAUCAUCGUUGUAGAAAGUUAUCCGAGCAAUUUCCAAACAGCACAAGAAAACGACAAUGAAAACCCUCAGCGGCGUAUUGUUAGUGGCGGCGUGUCUCCUCGCAUCCACGCACGGCUUCCCCGGUGCACGUGAUAGCGACAGUGAUGAAGAGAAAAAUAGUGACACGAUUUUGCUGCUGCCAAACGGCUCGUCAGUUCGUUUCAUGCGACCAUACGGUGGUGCUGGUUUCCCUGAUAUGAGCUUCGAGGACAGUGAUAGCGUCGAGAAUCCAACUUGGACAUGGAACGGCAUGUUCAGAUCGAAUUUCUUAGAUGGAUGGUAUUCGCGUAUACAAGCUCACAUGAAAAGGUUGAGGGAUCAGAUCGCUGGCAUUUUGUCACGUAUUCCCGAGGAAGGCGUCGUGCCCUCGGUCAAGAUUCCUGAAGGAGCAAACACUACUUCCACCACCAAGAUCAUCGAUGGACACGUAGUGACCAUAAACGAAACGACCUACAUGGAUGGUGACGACGAGUUUGGAACGCUGAUCCGCAUCCGCGUUAUCGACGUGAAACCCCAAAACGAGACGAUCUUGUUGACCGAAAGCGCAGCAGACGCGGAAGUAACCACUUUGCCAACCAUAACGACCAGCAAAACCGCCACGAGCAGAGAUGAGAACACCACAACACCGCCAAGAAGCGUGGAGACCGUCGAGGAUAGCGACAAUGAGAUACCGAAGAACCAAGUCGACACUCUGUCUGCUUAAAUUGACAGAGCUAACAUAAACAGCUUAAAAUAUAUCUGUUAGCGUUAGAAUCCAUUGAAUCCGAAAGAUGGUUCAUUUUGUGAUGCUCAGGUAUUCAAAGUGAUACUCAUGAACGUUCAAAUCUUUUUAUUUUUCAGUAUCAUUUUUUUUUUCUUUACAAAUCUAUUUCAACGUUCUUUUUUUUAAUCUUUAGUAGCUCGUUUGUUUUGUAGAUUUAAUUUCUUUUAAAUCAAUACACUACUGGAACUAUUUUCAGGUACGAAACAGUAUAGAAUUAAAAAUGAAAGAAUUUAUUAAUUGGCAAGCUAAAAUAAAAAAUUGAAAUAGAUUAAACAAUUAGUCAUUGACACCUUAACUACCAUAACCCAACGAUAGAAGAAUUUUAAGUCGUGUAAUUAAAAUGUCAAGAGACAGAAUUUUGUAUACCGGUAAAAUUACAUUAGUAAUUAGAAGUAGCAAACCAAAGCACUAAAUCGAAAAAUAAAUCCUACCCUAUCCCCUUAGUAUAAGCCACUGAUAAAAUACAUCAUCAAUGAACGAGUUACUCUAAUGAAAAUUAAUAAACCAUAGAAAUAGGACAAAAAUAGAGGAAGGGAGAUUUCCGUCCGCCAUUAAACCUUCUUUCGGAUUCGAGCUGAUGAUUCCUGUGCGAGAAAACACUGUAAAGAUUCGCGAGAUAUCAGAGUGUCAACUAUCAUAGUGCUAUAAAUUGAUUUAUGCAUUAUAUAUAUUUACAUGUUUUCCAGUAGUUAAUAACCGUAUAUUUAUAAGUCGCCUGUGUGUCGAAGCAAACACGGUUGUAAUGUUUAUUUGAAUCCUAUAAGAUAAAGAUGGGCAUUGUGGCAAGGACAAGCUACGUAUGUAUAUGAACGUCUAAACUACACAUCUGAAAAUCUUAAAAUUGUUUAUUUGCCUAUUCAAAUAUUUAUGUAUCUUGUUCCUGCCCUCAUGCCCGCAGCUUCUUGUAUAAGAUGUACCAGCAGUAGUGAGACUAUGAUAAUUUACUACAGAUUGUACUAUCUAUGGUAAUUCGAUCGUGAUAUGGUUUGAAAAGAAACAAGUAUAUCUUUCCUAAUUGAAAUA